AUGGGGAGAUUGGCAAGAGAGGCAGGCUCUGAUCUUCUAGGACUGCUAAGACUGAAGCUGGAUUUCCCACUAUGUCUUCUGAUGCUGAUUUCUACCAUACCCACUCAGACAUUAUCAGAAUCCAGAUCCAUCUAUCUGGAUCUUGAAGAAAUUUGCUUCUUGAAGAAAUUUGGACGCCAUAGAGUCUCUGCGCAUCAGAAAAUCGUGGCCCAGGUGACCCCACGAGGUCCGUGGGGGAGAUGCAUGGGAGAUGAAUGUGGCCCAGGUGGCAUCCAGACUCGAGCAGUGUGGUGUGCCCAUGUGGAGGGCUGGACAACACUGCCCACCAACUGCAAGCAGCCAGAGCGGCCGGACAACCAGCAGAGCUGCUUCCGUGUCUGUGACUGGCACAAGGAGCUGUAUGACUGGCAGAUUGGCACGUGGGAUCAGUGCCGGCCCGUCCUCUCCCGCAGCCAUGAGAAGCCCCAGGAGUGCCUCAGAGGGGAGGAUGGCAUUCAGACUAGAGACAUCACCUGCAUCCAGAAGUCCAAUGGGGUGCCUGCUGAGGAUGUCAUCUGCGAGUACUUCGAGCCCAAGCCCCGCCAGGAGCAGGCAUGCCUCAUCCCGUGCCGGCAGGACUGCAUUGUGGCUGAGUUUGCCCCUUGGACAGAGUGCUCCAAGACCUGUGGCAGUGGGCUUCAGCACCGAACUCGGCACGUGGUGGCCCCACCACAGUUUGGUGGGUCUGCUUGCCCAAAUCUCACUGAAUUUCAGGUCUGUCAGUCUAGCCCAUGUGCUGCUGAAGAAAGCCUGUAUAGCCUAAGUGUGGGACCGUGGAGCGUGUGCUCAGUGCCCCAUUCAAGACAAAUACGGCAAGCAAGAAAACGAGGGAAGAGCAAGGACAGAGAAAAGGACAGAGAAAAGGCAGUUCGGGAUCCGGAGGCUCGUGAAUUAAUUAAGAAGAAGAGGAAUCGAAACAGACAAAAUAGACAGGACAACAAAUACUGGGACAUACAAAUUGGGUAUCAAACCAGGCAGGUUACAUGUACUCACAGAAAUGGGAAAACUGCUGCUCUGAGCUUUUGCAAGCAAGACAAGUUGCCAAUUACAUUCCAGUCCUGUGUGAUCACUAAGGAGUGCCAGGUGUCAGAGUGGUCAGAAUGGACCCCCUGCUCUAAAACCUGCUUUGACAUGACAACCCCUAAAGGGAAUCGUACAAGAUCACGGACCAUUAAGCAGCUCCCUAUUGGCAGUGAAAGUGAAUGCCCGCAAUUAGAAGAAACAGAGCAGUGCAUUACCCAAGGAGAUGGUGUAGCACCAUGCAUUACGUAUGGCUGGCGGACCACAGAAUGGACAGAAUGCCGCGUUGAUCCUCUACUCAAUCAACAGGAUAAAAGACGAGGAAAUCAGACAGCACUGUGUGGAGGUGGCAUUCAAACCCGGGAAAUGUACUGUGUGCAAGCUAAUGAAAAUCUCCUCUCCUAUUUAAAUACCCUCAAGGAAAAAGAAGAAAGUCAGUCACAGAGCAAGUCGAAGGCUAGUGCUGCACCUCUGCUAUCCAUCACUUUUGAAAUAACAGCUUCAAGGCCAGUGGACCGUAGACUGUGUACAGGACCUCUUCCCAGCACCUCACAGCUUUGCCAUAUCCCCUGUCCUACAGAGUGUGAGACCUCAGCAUGGUCAGCCUGGGGACCAUGCACCUAUGAAAAUUGUGAUGACCCUCAGGCCAAGAAGGGAUUUAAACUAAGGAAACGGCGUAUCACUAACGAGCCUACGGGAGGAACAGGAAACUGCCCUCACCUGCUGGAAGCCAUCCCAUGUGAGGAACCCUCAUGCUAUGACUGGAGGAUUGUGGGGCUGGAGGAGUGUGUUCCCGACAAUGAGAAACCAUGUGGCCCUGGUACUCAGGUGCCGAUCGUCAUCUGUGUCAACAGUGAUGGAGAAGAGGUUGACAGGCAGCUGUGCAGAGAUGCUAUCUACCCAAUCCCUGUUGUCUGUGAAGCUCCAUGCCCAAAGGACUGUGUGCUCAGCAUGUGGUCCGUGUGGUCCUCCUGCUCACACACCUGCUCCGGCAAAACCACAGAAGGAAAGCAGAUGCGUGCCCGUUCAAUUCUGGCAUAUGCAGGUGAAGGAGGAGUACAGUGUCCAAAUAGUAGUGCACUACAGGAAACACGCAGCUGUAACGAACACUCUUGCACUGUGUAUCAUUGGCAGACAGGCCCAUGGGGACAGUGCAUAGAGGAUGCAUCUGUGUCUGCUUUCAACUCCUCUGCCAGCUGGAAUGGGGAGGCCACCUGUUCUGUGGGGAUGCAGACAAGAAAAGUCAUCUGUGUGAGGGUCAACGUGGGACAAGUGGGCCCCAAAAAAUGCCCUGAAAACCUCCGACCAGAAACAGUGAGGCCUUGUCUGCUUCCCUGUAGAAGGGACUGUAUUGUGACUCCAUUCAGUGACUGGACAUUGUGUCCCUCUUCCUGUCAGGAAGGAGAUGUCAUAGUAAAGAAACAAUCCCGUCACCGAGUCAUUAUCCAGCUCCCUGCUAAUGGUGGUCGUGAGUGCCCGGACACUUUAUUUGAGGAAAAGGAAUGUGAAGCUUCUCCCAUCUGCUAUAGCUACAGGUGGAAGACCCACAAGUGGCGCAGAUGCCAGCUAGUGCCAUGGUAUGUGCGCCAAGACAGUCCAGGAGCACAUGAGACUUGUGGACCUGGGUUGCAAGCAAGAGCAAUUACUUGUCGCAGACAAGAUGGAGGACAGGCUGACAUCAGCGAGUGCCUUAAGUAUGCUGGCCCCUUACCAUCCUUAACGCAGACAUGUCAGAUUCCCUGUCAAGAUGAUUGUCAGUUUACAAACUGGUCGAAGUUUUCUUCCUGCAAUGGGGACUGUGGAGGAGUUAGAACAAGAAAACGCACUCUUAUUGGAAAAAGUAAGAAAAAAGAUAAAUGCAGAAAUUCUCAGUUAUAUCCUCUGAUUGAGAAUCAGUUUUGUCCAUGUGAUAAAUACAGCGCUCAGCCUGUGGGAAAUUGGUCAGACUGUAUUUUACCAGAGGGCAAAGUGGAAGUAUUGCUGGGAAUGAAGGUGCAAGGAGACAUUAAGGAAUGUGGACAAGGCUAUCGUUACCAGGCCAUGGCAUGCUAUGAUCAGAACAGCAGACUUGUGGAAACAUCGCGAUGCAACAGUCAUGGUAUUUAAAGAUCUCUGUUUUCAUCUGUUUACAU